UACUCAAAUAUUUACUCCAGUACUAUUCUGUAACGUAUAUUGGCCAUCAAAAAAAUGUGCUAAGGUGUUGCGAUUUAUCCACCGUGUGAUGCUUUCCCGGCAAUUUCAAACCCUCCGCCACCUCCAAAAAUCAACCACCACCACUCAUCUCCUCCAACUCCAGUCGCUGAUCCUUAAAACCGCUCUAGAUAGAGACGAAUACUUCAUAUCCAAGUUCAUACAAUCCUCUUGUUCUGUUUCAAUCGAGUUCACAAGAUUGUUCUUUGACAGCUUAUUACCCCUUGACCCACCCCCACCAAUCUUCGCUUUUAACACAAUCAUAAGGGAGUACUCAAAGAGCUCAUCGCCACUUGAAUCGGUGAAACUGUUCUCUCAGCUCCAAAGGGUAGGCCUUAAACCCGACAAAUUCACGUACCCUUUUGUUCUCAAGUCCUGCGGCAGGUGUUCGGUAAUUGGAGUUGGUGGGGCUGUGCAUUCGUUGGUUGUUAAAAUGGGUUUUGAUUCGGAUCGGUAUGUGGGGAAUACACUGUUGAGGAUGUACUCUGGGUGUGGCGCGAUUGGGUUUGCGAGGCAGGUGUUCGAUGAAAUGUGUGAGAGAGAUGUGGUGUCUUGGAGCUCUAUGAUUGCUGGCUAUGUUGCCUGUAACUGUCCAUUUGAUGCUUUAAUGGUUUUCCAAAGCAUGAAGUUGGUAAAUCAGAAUCCAAACUCUGUCACUCUGGUUAGCUUACUCUCUGCAUGUACUCGUCUGCUCAACAUCCGCAUAGGGACAUCCAUUCAUUCGCAUGUCAUUGUUAAUAACAUCAAGCUGGAUGUUGCUUUGGGCACAGCGCUUCUUGAGAUGUACUCGAAAUGUGGACGCAUAGAGGUAGCUUUACAAGUUUUCAGUUCCUUGGAAGAAAAGAAUUUGCAGUCUUGGACUAUCAUGAUAUCUGGCGUUGCAGAUCAUGGCCGCGGGGAAGAUGCUAUUUCCUUGUUUACCCAAAUGGAAGAAAAUGGCCUAAAACCUGACAGCUUGUCGUUUUCUGGAAUCCUUAGUGCAUGCAGCCAUUUGGGCCUUGUUGAGGAGGGCAAAAUGUAUUUUGAUCAGAUGAUGAACACAUAUGGUAUAAAGCCGACAAUGGAGCAUUAUGGAUGCAUGAUCGAUAUGCUUGGAAGAGCUGGGAUGAUUGAAGAAGCUUAUAGAGUAAUCAAGAGCAUGCCAAUGGAACCCAACUCCGUUAUACUCAGGAGCUUCAUUGGUGCAUCUAAAAAUCACGGGGAAGUCGUUUGUUUGGACGAAAAUCUGAGGAAGCUUCUCCUUCAAAUCGAGCCUGACCUUGGAGCAAACUAUGUACUUGCUGCGUGUGUUUCGUCCAUGUCUGAAAAUUGGAACGAUGUUGCGAGUUUGAGAGAUGCCAUGAAAGGAAGACGUUUAAAGAAAGCUCCGGGUUGCAGUUGGGUGGAAGUGAACAGUGCUUCUUCUGGUGAGAUUAUUCAACCAGCUGUAGGGUAAAUUUUUCCCGUGUCCGUGUGGCUGAAGAAUCAUUUUUUAGUUGCAUAGACCUCAAUAUGAAUCAAAAGCAUGCUGCCGGCUGCCCCCAAUGCCUGGAAUGUUGAAGACUAAUUUCCAUGGUGCUAUUUUUUGAGGAUGGAUCCUUUGGAUUUAGCGGCGGUAGUUUGAAAAGACUUAAAAUUUUUGGAUAUCACGGAACACGAUGCUCUCGACAGAAUCAUGUAGCUGUCCUCAAUUGAUUGAAACUUGAAGCUCGGUUUAUGGAUCAUUUGGCUUUGGAGUGGUACUAUAAAGAGAUGAUAAGAACAUGAGCAUGGGAGAGCCAAGCGGUUAAUUACCCACUCAAGUCUUGAGAUAUUGUAUUCUUGUACAUUUUAGAAGUUGUCCCCAAUUGGAGUCAUUAUCACACAUGUUUGUUAAUUUUUUUUUUCCCAUUAUUUGAAGGUAUACCAUUUUUGUCUAUAGAUGAUUUUUAUUUUUACUAUUUUUUUCACUUAUC